AUGAAGCUGUUUUCCACCAUCGUCGCUAUUGCCAUGGGCGCUGCUGCCGUUUCUGCUGCUGCUGAACCCCUUGAGAAGCGCUGCAUCAACAACGGCUCUGGCUGCAAGGCUGAUGGCUCCUGGGGCGUCUGCUGCUCUGGCUUCUGCCUCCAGUACCAGGGCGCAUCCUCUGGCGUGUGCAAGUAA